AAACACUCCAUGUAUUACCUAUAAAUUUUCUUUUGCAGGAGGAGACCAUGCCUGACUACGUUAUUCGGCUGUACAAGGACUCGGAUUAUGAGGCGGUCUGGGAUAUCUUCUCCCGAGGCAUUAUAGAACACACCAAUACUGCUUUCUUUCACACCGUCAGCCUCCCUCACAUCUGGGCUCUCCUGCUGGCCAUGUUCUUGGUACUCCUACAGACCACGGGGUCUUACCUCCUCUCAACCAUGGUGGUAUCUCUCAGUGUAGCAGCACUAUGGCUUGUGAACAGGCAUAUCUACGUUGGUUAUGUUGCAGAUAGCUUAGCUACCGACAUGAUGAAUAUCCAGAAAUAUUACCUACAACGGGAUGGUUACUGCUUCUGGGUGGCAGAGCUGGCUGGGGAAGUUGCUGGGAUGGUUGCUGCCAUUCCUCCAUAUCCUCCCACUGGAGAAAACCAAGUGGAGCUUAAGAGAUUGUCGGUUCCCACGAAACACAGAGGGAAAGGGAUCGCCAAGGCCUUGUGUAGCACGGUCAUUGACUAUGCCCAGAAGAGAGGCAGUAGUGCGGUGGUGUUAAGCACCUCCUUAUCUCAGAACGAUGCUUCAAAGUUAUAUCUAAAGAUGGGCUUCAGACGAACCACCACCGACUAUGCACCAUUUAUAAUUGGAAAAAUCGUUGACUUCAAAAUUUUGUUUUACUAGUACGACAUUCCCGUUCAGGGAUAAAUCACAUGCAGGCACUCCUCGAUUUGCAAAUAUCCGACUUACAUACUUACGAACAGAAGGAGACAACAGGAAGAUAGAGGAAAUCUACCCCUGGGAAGGGACAAUCACUCCUGUUUAGUGGCGGCUGGUGCUCAAAAUUUUUG